AUUAAUUUUUAAUUUCACGGCUUCUUCGCUUCCUCCACUUCCUCCGCCGACACCGGAGAAACUCUGUUCUGGCCCUUCUUCCUCCGCAAGCGGCGGCGCCAAUUUGAUUCGAAAUCCUUGUAAAUGAUACAGUUGCUUGAUUCUGCAUCCUCCACAUCAUCGUAUCAACCCGUGGCAUCAGUUGGGCCGACCCGGUCGGAGUCCGGAUAGCCCAUUUAUAUACUCUGCACUCUAUUUUCGCUGAGAAACAGAAAAGAAGCGCGUGCUCAAGACUCAAGAGACGAUUACUCGAUAAAUCGAAGAUCAGGAGAGCUAAGAUGAUGAAGCUCUACCAUAAGUACCAAAAGCGGCAUGGUCUCUCGUCUCGUUCAGUUCGAGAGGAAGACCGAAUUUUCAAAGGGGAAGAUCGGAUAAGCAUAUUACCAGAACCGUUGCUAUGCCAUAUACUUAGCUUUCUUACGACCGAGGAAGCUGUUUGGACAAGUGUUUUGUCUUCUAGAUGGAGAUACAUCUGGAAAUGGGUUCCUAGAUUAGAAUUAGACAGCUCUGAUUUCACAAAUGACAAAACUUGUGUGGAUUUCAUCGACAAGUUUCUGAAUUUCCAGAGCAAAUCCUACUUGCGUGAAUUCAAGUUAAGCAUUGACCAAUCAGAGCUAUCCUGUGAAAAUGAUAAUGCUUCUCUUUAUGGGCCGUGUCUCGCUAGAGUGGAUAUGCGCAAGAUUCAACAUUUCCAAGUUGAGAAAAAGCUUGGAGAACGUAGCAGCUUUGAUGACAUUGAGAUACCCUUAACCCUUUCUGUGUGUGAGGCAAUGGUAUGCUUGAAGCUACAUUUCGUCAGGCUGAAUGAUUCUGAGUCUCUCUCCUUGCCCUGUCUCAAGAUCAUGUACUUGGAAGACGUUAUUUUUCCUAGCGAUGCGGCUGCAGAGGCGCUAAUCUCGUGUUCUCCGGUUCUUGAAGAUUUGAAAAUAUGUCUUAGUAAAGAUGAUUUUGUAGUUGUUUGACGCGUCUGCUCACAGACACUUAAGAGCUUCACCUUAAAACGAGCGGAUCCUGUUUAUUCUGUAAAGGAUGGACAGUCAGUUGUGAUUGAUACUCCGAAACUCGAGUAUCUGAGUCUCAUGGAUUACCAAUUCAAAAUCUUCAAGAUAAUCAAUAUGAGUGACUCUGUCAAGGUUGAUAUGGAUGCUGACUUUGAGAUAUUCCUUGGUUACUUACAGGAGAGAAAUCUCUUCUAUGAUUUCUUUAACAAUUUUUCAGGUGUUGGAGAUAUGACCAUCUCAUGGAAAACUGUUAAGGUAAUCUAUAUUUUCCAAGGCAUGAACCCGCUGCCCAAAUUUCAUUACUUGACCCGUUUGCGUGCUACUAUGUGCAUAAACGCCUCUUUUAAACUGUUGCCAAUCGUUCUUGAGAGCUACCCCAAUCUGAAACACUUCACCUUGGAAUUGGUUAAAGAUUAUCCAGUGACAGUAAUAACCAGACUCUCGACUGUGCUGCCUCAUUGUUUGGUAUCGUCACUUGAAUAUGUUGAAAUGGAAAGCCCAGUCACGGAGGAAGCAAGUGAACUGAAUCUGGCUAGAUACUUUCUGGAGAAUUCGGCAACACUCAAGAAGCUUGUUCUACGUUUGGAUCAGACUUCUGGAAAGAAACACGAGCCUCGUGUCUUGAAAAAACUAAUGAAAUCUCCAAGACGCUCUCGUUUGUGCCAGUUUGAAGUUCUUCCAGUGGUUCCAACUCCGAAUCCGUGGCCUGAAUUCUAUACUUAUGUAAACCCCACUAGGUUCUAAAGCUGGAUUAAAGAAGUGUAAACAUACAUUGCUUGAAUUGAACUGACCUAGUCAUUUUGUAUCCUUCCUACGCCUUUGUUUUGCUCUGUGU